AUGUCUACCAGAAGGAGAGCAGCCGCGAAAGCUCCUGUCGAUCCGCCUCUAGAUGGCUGUGCAAUUGCAGUGAGCGGCAAGUUUGACGACAUUGGCCACAGCCAUGCCUCCCUCGAAGCCCUCAUUCGCAAACAUGGUGGAACGUUCACCAGAAGCGUUACAAAGGCCACCACUCAUGUCGUUUCUACCGAUGAUGACUUCAACUCUGGCAGCAACAAGGUCACCACCGCACAGGCCAAAGGUCUUCCGAUUAUGAUCCCAUCAUGGUUGCUUGACACCGACUCCGCAGGCACCAAGGUAAAGAUGGAGGACUACCAUUGGUCAUCGUCCAAGACCAACGGUGCGUCAAAGAAACGAUCGCCUCCUGUAGACGCCGAUGAAGAGGAUAGCCAACCCAGGAACAAGCGCGCACGAAGCACUAGCGUUGCUCCGUCCACGGCGAAACCCAAGGCUACCAAGAAGGGGGCCAAGGCCAAGUCAGAUGUUGCAGCCGAGCCCGAAGAGGAAGAAGAGGAGAAGCCAAAGACCAAGGCUAAAGCCAAAGCUCCAGCAACGAAGGCUACCAAGGGUAAGGCAGUCAAAGCUGAGUCUGAACCCGAAGACGUGAAGGAAGAAAAGAUUGUUGCUGAAGGGCAGUUCAUCAAGAAGAAGGAUAUCGCCAUUCCGCUUGAUGAACAUUGUACCCUCCCCACCUACCAGGUUUGGGUUGAUCCCGACUCUGGUCUAAUUUAUGACGCCUCACUGAACCAGACCAACGCUGGGAAUAACAACAAUAAGUUUUACCGUAUUCAGGUGUUGAAGGACCCCAAAUCAGCAACUUUCAAAACCUGGACCAGAUGGGGUCGCGUGGGAGAGAUGGGCCAGAAGGCCAUCCUCGGAAGUGGAAGUCUCGAUGACGCUGUCAAGGUUUUCCAGAAGAAGUUUAAAGACAAGUCUGGCCUCUCCUGGAACGACCGUGGUGCUGAUCCUAAGCCUGGCAAAUACGCUUUCGUUGAGCGCAGCUACAACCCUGACUCUGACUCGGAAGACGAAGAUGACAAGGCUGUUAAGAAGGAGGACGGAGAGGACGAGGACAAUGCUCCGGAGCCUGAAUGUAAACUGGAGAAGCCCGUCAAGGAGUUGAUGGAACUGAUCUUCAACCAACAGUAUUUCCAACAGGCAAUGACUUCCCUCAACUAUGAUGCGAACAAGUUACCUCUGGGCAAAUUGAGUAAGGCAACUAUUACCAGAGGCUUCCAACAGCUGAAGAACCUUGCGGCUCUAUUCGAUAACCCCAAUCUUGCUUCCACCGAGUACGGUAUGAGCGUGGCUUCCGCUACUGAGCAGCUUUCCAACACUUUCUAUUCGCUUAUUCCUCAUGCUUUCGGCCGUAACCGACCACCCGUUAUUAAUAACAACCGUUUGCUCAAGAAGGAAAUAGAGCUUCUGGAGAGCUUGUCGGAUAUGAAGGAUGCAGCCGAAAUCAUGAAGACUGACCGCAAGACGAGGGAUACUAUCCAUCCUCUUGAUCGCCAAUUCGCGGGUCUUGGCAUGGAAGAAAUGACUCCCCUCGAACACAACAGUAAUGAGUUCACACGUCUCAAGAACUACCUGAACGAGUCUAGAGGUGCAACUCAUAACAUGACCUACGACGUGAAAGAAAUCUUCCGCAUUGAGCGUGAAGGCGAGUUCAAGCGAUUCGACGACUCUAAGUUUUCCAAGAUCUCGUCCGAUCGUCGCCUCCUUUGGCACGGUUCCCGAGCGACCAACUUUGGUGGUAUCCUUAGUCAGGGUCUCCGAAUUGCGCCGCCCGAAGCUCCCUCCACGGGUUACAUGUUUGGGAAGGGAAUCUACCUUGCCGACAUGUCCUCCAAGUCAGCCGGCUACUGUUGUUCCUCCAACUCUGGUGGCGAAGCAUUACUUCUUCUUUGUGAAGCAGAGCUCGGCGAUCCCAUCCAGAAGCUAACCAUAGCAAGCUAUGAAGCUGGCCAAACAGCGAAGAAACAAGGCAUGCACAGUACUUGGGGUCAGGGCCGAACUGGUCCCAGCAAAUGGAUCGAUGCUGAGGUUGUUCAUGAGAAACUCAAGGGCAUCAAGAUGCCCGACCCUAAUGUCAAGCCUGGGAAUACCAAUGUCCCCAAUGCAGGACUGUACUACAACGAGUACAUUUGCUACGAUAUCGCCCAGGUCAAGCUCCGCUAUUUGCUGCGCGUCAAGAUCUAG